AAUUUUACUUACCUUAACUUAAUUGUAACAUUACGAAGUUCUUUAAUUACAUGUUUAAUAUUAACUGUUUUAGUUUUUAUUCGUUUUAAUUAAAUUGAUAUGAAAUAAAAUUAUUAUAAGUUUAAUACGUUAAAUAGUUAAUAAAAUUAAAGUAAUGGCAUUUAACAAUAAAACUUAUGGUCUGACUCUACCUGUACCCAAAAAAAAAUUAAAUGAACCUAUUAAAAUGAAAAACGUUUUUGGUAAUGAUAGUGAUUCUGAUGAAAAUAAUAGUGGAAAGAAACCAAUCCAAACUCAAAACAGAACCAAAGCCCAAGAAAGAACAUCUAACUUGAUUAUCGAUAGAGCUUUAGAAGAAGAUGCUACUGUUUUUCAAUACGAUGAAGUUUAUGAUGAAAUGGAAUUGAAAAAAGGACACCUUGAUGGUAAAAAAAAGAAAGAAGUAGAUAGAAAGCCAAAGUAUAUUCAAAAUCUUUUAGUUCAAGCUGAAAAGCGAAAAAUCGAAUAUGAACGAAGAAAUGAAAGGAUGAUUCAAAAAGAAAGAGAAGCAGAAGGUGAUGCAUUUAAAGAUAAAGAAGCUUUUGUUACUUCGUCAUACAAAAAAAAACUUGAAGAACUAAAAGAAAUGGAUGAAGAAGAUAAAAAAUUAUCAUUAAUAGAAGAUAUUAAUGAUGUAACUAAACAAAAAGAUAUGGGUAGUUUUUACAGACAUUUAUAUAAAUCAGAAUUGUGUAAAGAAGAAUCUGAUAUUGAAAUAAAGACUAAAAAACCUGAUAAAAAUCGUCAAUACAGAAAAAGAGCAUCAUCUGAAGGUUCAGAAAUCAUUAAUACUGAUGAUGAUAAAGACUCAAUCAUGUCUGAUUCAACAUCACCACCCAACUCACCAAAGCGUGAAAAACUUGAAGAUAAAAUUGGUAAUUUAAGUGGAUCAGAGGAAGGUGAAAUUAUUGAUAAAUCAUCUAGUCAUAGUUCUGAUAAGGAAUUAAAGGAAGAAUUAAAAUCAAAUACUCAAUUGGAAAAUUAUGCUAACAAAGAUAAGCAAGAUAGGAAAGAAAAGAUUAAAAAACCAGUUAUUCCAAAAAUAAAUAUUUGGGAAAAAAGAACUGUCGGGGAGGUAUUUUUAGCAGCUCAACAAAGAUAUUUUGAAAGAAAAAUGGCUAGAGUUAAUUGAUCAUUUUGAAAUAAAAAAUGUUUUAUAUUGUACAUAAAUUUGUGGAUAAAGUCAAGGUAUAAAAUUUGUUUAUAAUUAAUAGCAGUUAACUCCUCUUUUAUAGUAUUUUCUUUUGAAAUAAUUUUAAAAUGUACUGCUAACUAUUAAAGUUUUCAUGCUAUUUUUUUUUUUUAUGCAACAUUAACAACUACAAUUAUUCCAUUUAUUUAGUUACUCCUUUUUUUGUAUUAGUGAUAUUACAUUUGUCAGCAUAAAUUUUAUGUAUAAAUAACAAAUGAUCGGAUAAUAUGAAUAUUUUAUUUAUAAUAAAUAUAUUUAGAAUAAACAAAAAAUUGAUAACCAAAUAAUAAAUAAUAUAAAAAGUAAUAAA